AUGGCCACCAAAUCCAAACGCAGAUUAUCAAACACCACAACCACCGCCCCCAACCUCUCCGCCCCUUCAGCAAAUUGCAAACUCCAUUCUACAGCCAUCAUAGCGGACAAAGCGCAACUAACCGGCGCACACGGGAUCGAAAUCGGCGAAGGAACGUUCGUGCACCCGUACGCGAGGAUCGAUGCUGAGUUUGGGAGGGUGGUGAUUGGGAGGGGGUGUAUUGUUUCUGAGAAGGCGGUUGUGGGGUCGCGGGUUUCUAGAGGGGUUGAUGGUGGGGAGGACGAGGGGGUGGUGGUCAUUGGAGACGGGGUUGGGAUUGAGGCCGGAGCGAGCGUGGCUGCUAUACGUGUAGGGGAGCACUGUAUGAUUGAAGUUAAUGCGAGGGUUGGCGCCGGGGCUGUGCUUGGGAGGUGGUGUCGUGUUGGGGCUUGUUGUGUUGUUGCGGAGGGAGAGGUGUUGGAGGAUUUCACGGUGGUGUUUGGGGAUGGGAGGAGGAGGAUUGAUGCUGUUGCGAAGGGGAGGGAGGAUGUGAGGGACGCGAGGGCGAAGGCGAGGGAGAUGGAGAUUGAGGUUUUGAGGACGCUGGUUGCUGAUGGGAGUAUGAGGUGGAGGGGUGGGUAG